AUGGCUACAGUCUUGAACAGUACUGUCUCUGGGGUUUUGAUCAAUAGAUAUCACUUGUUCCUUGAUCCGAACAGCGACUUGACCCUUCCCUGGCUCCUUCGCGAACCGGAAAACAGGCUUAUCAUUUUUUACACUCUCCUUAUGUUCUUUAUCACUAUUAUACUGUGGCUGUAUCCGCAUUUCAUCCAAAUCGUCACGUUGAGCUGUAGUACGAUCAGCAUAGUUGGUUUGUACGGUUACUCCAUACUUGACCGCAGAGCUUUUCUUUGGCCUGCCAUGGUAUCUGCCCAGCUACUUGUGUUACCCCUCUUGUGGAUCUGGAUCGUUCAUCACACGACUUCGUGGAAGGGCUUCAUCACCUAUCUUACACUAUCGCUCGCCGGAUGGGGCUGCGGGAAGCUUAUCAUCGAGAUCACUGGUCAGCCUGACAACCAGCAAGUACUCAUCUUUGCCGUGAUACAGACAUGUCUGCUAGGCUGUGUGUGGGUGCUAGAUGUCAUUCGAGAGCGGCGAGUCGCCCAAGCAUCACGGCGGACACUGGUUCGAUCAGAGUACCAAGACAACGCGGCAGAAGCUGCUUGGGAAAUAAACGAGGGUGUGGUACAUACUGAUGCCAGCCAGGGGCUCGAGGAAUUGAAAGCGAAGAAGUGGCCGAUAAUUUGCUGGUAUAGCCUAUUGCUGAUACCACAGAUGUUGACGCUACUGUUUGUGCAUAUUCUUUACACAUCUUAUGUUGCAUCAUCUACACUCGAACCCCUGUAA